AUGCGCAAACUGAACACGAGCCAUGCACCAUCUGCUCCUGGCCGGGGUACAGGGACAGGCUGAUGCCUGAACCGACUAGUUAACCGUGUUCAGUUUGAAAUGAAGUGUUCAAGCAAGACUACAAUCAUGUUUCUGUUCUUGAUAAUAACUGUUGCUAUGUGUAUGUUUACGGGUCCCGUCGAGGCUCAGGCGGACCUCGAUACAGACGACUUGAGGACGAUAAAAAAUCAACUGAACUUGCUGAUGGAAAAAAGACAACAGGAUUACCAGCAGUUAGAAAAAUCACUUUACGAAUCUCUGAAAGGAAGCACAGACCUCGAUGCGUUGAAAGAAGAAAUUCAAUUAAUCAGGGAUGAACAUUCGAGAAUGGCUCAUUCUGGCAACGACGGGAUCCGCGAUAAAGUGGCCGUAGGCUGGCUAAAGGAAGUGAUAGGUGGUUUGAGAUCAGAAAUGCAAGCGGUGUGGUCAGCCAUCAAUGAAACGGCACAGAUUCACAAGACUGUAGCCAUACAAAACGAUCUGCAAGCACUAAGAAAUGACUUGGAUUCCGACCGAAAAGACUUGCAAACAAUGCAAGGAGAAUUACUGUCAGUUAGGAAGAAUGUCGAAGAAAUAUCGAUUAAACAUUCCGAAUUGGAGAAAAAGAUCAACACCAUGGCUAAUCAUAAAAACGUAAUCGAUAAAAAAAACAACGAAAAUGACGUACAAACAGCGUACAACAAUGUCUAUAAACGAGUGGCGUUUGACGCUAACGACAAUAACAAUGACGUUGAGCGUCUAAGGUCGAACGUCAUCACCACUGUGGUGACGGAUCGGGAAGCACAGGAACUGGAGCAGCUGGAGUUGUCACGCAAGUACCUGGCUCACCGGAUGGCCCGUCUAGAGAAACGCAUGAAGGGCGUGCUGUACAGAGAGAGCACUGCUGUGGAACGGGAAAAUCGGCUAUCCCGGCUGGAAGCCGAUCUUAACGCCACCAAAGAAGCGUUGGCAUUUAAUGCCACGCGCCAGGAAGCCACGCAGGACCGACUUCACGGAUCUUUGCUGGAGCUGCUGGAGAGCGUGGAAAACCUCGACGAUCGGGUGGACUCGUGUCUACCAGAAGUCCGCAAGGAAAUAUCGAAAAUCGAAUUCACCGUGGCUCGGAUAAACGCGUCAGUGGCCAUCAUUAAGGAAGACCAGAACAACCAAAUGUUAACCACAAAGGCCCUGGGUGAAGGGAUGUCGGCAAUACAAAGAAAAAUGACCAAGCAUGACAAUGAAAAACAAACCGGGAAAACGGUCACCGCCCAUCAUAUAAUGAAAGAAAAUUGCACGGAAUGCACAUAUGUAAUCGACGAAUUGGCCACAUUGCAAAAUUCAUUUGAAAGAAUUGUCGACGGACUUCCCAAAGAUUGUUCUAAAAUUAAAUCACCCGGAACGUACGUAAUAGCACCUGAUGGAAAAAACCCCUUGUUUGUUCAAUGCGAUAUAUCAGAUGGUAUGUCUUGGAUCGCGGUUCAAAAAAGGACCAAUGAUCGUCUUAAAUUCAAUAACAAUUGGAACGAGUAUGCCAAAGGAUUUGGAAACUUAUAUGGCGAUUUUUGGCUGGGCAACGACGCCAUCCAUCGACUGACGGCGGACAACACGUCUUCACUGCGCGUUCAGAUCACUGACAUAUACGGCAACAAUUGGCAGGCGGAUUACGCGAACUUUGCGAUAUCGAACGCCACCGACGGUUACCGGCUGAACAUUUCCGGUUAUCGUGGCAACGCCACCGACGCUCUGUCAUUCCAAAACGGCCACCGGUUCAGCACGGCGGACCGCGACCAAGACGACAGCGCUGCAAACUGCGCGGCCAACUACGAGGGCGGCUGGUGGUAUUCACGGUGUCAGCACGCCAACCUCAACGGCAAGUACAACUUUGGGCUAACGUGGUUCGACACGAGCCGCAAUCAAUGGAUGGCGAUCGCCGAGAGCGAAAUGAGAGUCGGACGUCCGGUGUCUGUUCAAUAAUAUUAUCUUUGAUCACCUAUGAUAUGAUAAUAUGUAUAUUGUAUAUGUAUUAUAAUACCCGCGUCCAAACGACGUUCAAUCUACACGUGUGCUAGUCAAGUGAAGACAAUGUUGAGUUUAUAUUAUUUAUAUCUGCAUAAUAUUGUCAUUUUCAUUUUUAUUUUUUUUUUUAUUGAUUUUUUUCUAUUUAUAUUAUGAACUGAUUAGAUAAUAGAGUUUUGAUAAAU